UCUUAUAAACGUCUUUAUUGUCUAAGCAACAGCUAUCGUUUACAUAAGGAAAUUCCAUUAUUUUUAAUCAAACGAAGAAAAUGUAGAUUACUGGUGACACACGGAAUAUGCGGAGGGCGGGGUCAGAUGAGUAUUUGGAUGUUCAACAAAAAAUUCCUUCAGUGAAACAUGAUGUGUUGUUUUCUAAGGCCAGAUACGUUCUAAACCAGAGACAUAUCAAGCGACCCUGGUUUAACCUCAACCCUUUCUUGGAGAAGACAGAUGAAAAUAUCGACCUUGAGAAUUUUCUGCCGGAAGAAAGCAAAUAUAUUCAGCCACUCGAGUCUCUGGUUUUAUGUGAAAGUUUUCACAAUGACAAUUCUCUAGAUACAAAGGAAAUAUCCAUCGAAAAUUUCUUUGAAUACUUGUUUUCGCAUGAGUGGCAGAAGGGGUGUUCAAUUCGUAUUCUAGAAGGUCAACUCCUAGACCAGCUUCUCAUUGGACUUUAUAGGCUAGAGAAUGAAGGGGUCGCAGUGCGUCAUACAACCUAUGCGUUUGCUAGGAACAAUCGACCUAGAACUGGAUGCUACAAAUUAGGUGAAGGGUAUGCUGGUGGUAUAAAAGAAACACUGCUGAUAGAGUUUGCGCAUUUUGGACACUUGAUAAAGGACAAGCCGAAUGAAAGCACACUUAAUGCGUUUGAUUACCUUGAACUUGACGAUGCCGAUUUAUCCGAGAUUGAAGAAACAGCAGGUGAAACUAUACAGUCGCUGUCAGUCAAAGCAGAAAUGCCAAGCAAACGUCGAGAGAGGCAAAUGAGGGUCGGCGGUGCAAAUAUAUCACCAUUAACUGAUACGCUCAAAUCUACCGCAGUACAAUCUAUUAAUCAACAAAGCAAACGACAGUCUGACGUGACUGCCACUCCCCAAACCAGCAGUCGACCUAUCAGACAGCAAACUUUAACAGUAAAAGGACGACACCCGCUUACAAUACAAUCAUCUCCAUUGGACAAAACACAACAAUCAUUUAAUUACUUUCAGAAAAGGCAAGAAAGCUCAUUACAACACCAAGAAGACUUUGGCGUCUUAAAAAAUAUCUCUCCUGCGUUCAAAAACAGAUCUCGGGAGAGAUCAGAUUCUCUUGAUUUCGAUGACGAUUUCAUAUCAGAGACAGGCGAUUUAAAAGGAGAAAACCUCGAGGAAGAACAGCUUAGAGAAAAGCAUGAAUACUUUGGCGAAGAAUUUUAUCUUUCGGACCUGAAGGACCAUUGCAAAGGUCAUCUAAAGGGCACAAAAGAGAUACUUCAGCAAAAGAAGAAAGACCUGCAUGAACGUCGGGAAGAAGCUAAACGCCAAAAAGAAGAGAGAGGAGGAAAUAGUGUGAAAAUAAGCAUACUCCCAGAACUACCAAAACUUGAUAGUGAAGAUUUCGAGGCGUUCAGAAUGCAUAAUGAAACAAUAAAAAUGCCUGAUGAAUUACCUACACUUGAAGAAUUUAUAGAAUUUUUUAAAUCUGAUGAGGAUUACGACCCUAGAUACAAAAACAAAGUCCGACAAAAGAGUAAGAAAAUUGCUGAGAGAUACUAUAAAGAAAGGGAAACGCACAGAUCUAACAUAUCGUUUACUAUUGGGAAUAUUCCAGAAGAAAUAAGAAACAUUAAUACAUAUCGCCGUUGUACACGCAAACAAUCAUUUACUCGAGGAAACAAACAGAAAGAUAAUUCUGAAUGUAAAGGCAAGGGGAAUACCGGUAUCACUCGUACGUUAGCUGUUCAAGAAUCUGAUCAACAACGUAGGAAUAUACCUCAACUUCAAGAUAAAAAAAGAACGGAUUCUAUGUCAAAUAUUUACGAACAUGGACAAGAGGUUCUCGGAAUCACCGACUCUGAACCUUGCAAAGAUCAUUAUAUCAAAGGAAACAGGCACUUAGUAGUGGAGAAUAUUGAAAAAGACCAUUCUACACCUAGAGAAAAGGAUAAUUCUGAACGUAAAGAACAAACUAUUUCUACACCUAGAGAAAAUGAUAAUUCUGAACGGAAAGAAAAAACUAUUUCUACACCUAGAGAAAAUGAUAAUUCUGAACGGAAAGAAAAAACUAUUUCUACACCUAGAGAAAAUGAUAAUUCUGAACGGAAAGAAAAAACUAUUUCUACACCUAGAGCUGAACGUAAAGAAAAAACUAUUUCUACACCUAGAGAAAAUGAUAAUUCUGAACGUAAAGAAAAAACUAUUUCUACACCUAGAGCUGAACGUAAAGAAAAAACUAUUUCUACAACUAGAGAAAAGGAUAAUUCUGAACGUAAAGAAAAAACUAUUUCUACGCUUAGACAAAAUGAUAAUUAUACACCAUGUUUGAAAAACACAAUAUUCCCAAAGAUACAAAUGUGGUCUGAUAAUGAAACUGACUCGUCCGAUACCGGCUCUAAUGAGUCAUCAAGUAGUGAAUCAUUGGAAGAAAGUUUUGAUACUAAGAAGCUUAACAUGAAGUAUAGCGUUGAACGUCUCAAAAAGAAACGACGCAGUAAAGUGAAAAAGAAAGGCGGGUUUAUUAAAGUCCUCGAAAAGUACUACACCAUGCAGAAUGCUCUCAAUGUCUUCAGCAAAAUCUCGCCGGUUAAAAGUGUCAAGAAAGGGCGACUAAAAACACGUCCAUUUGGCAAGAAAAAGCAGCAAGAUAAACAAAAGGAAGGGGAGCAAUGUGUUAUCGGAAAAAUGAAGAAAUUCAAUUUUUUGAACGUCAGAGACAAAAAGAAAAUGAAUUUAGAGAAUUUAGCUGUUGCAGACUUCUCAACAUCAAACAUUGAAAAAUUUCAACAGCAGUUGAAUGAAGCUUUGGAUAAAUACGUUGUCAGGCGGGAAAUUGUUGUCACUGACCAAACCGUAUUUCACAAAGCAACAACUUCCGUCACAUUUACGAAAAUAUCGUGCUUCCAACACAAACAAAGAUUUAUGUCUUAAUUACUGUUUUACAAACUUUUCUAUUUUUCUUAAGGAUGUAAAUUUUGUUGCAAUUUUUUUAAUCGUCUUUCAAAACUUCGUUUUAAUAAACUAUUUCACUUUUAUAGCGAACAAAUCAUGACCUUUAUAUGCAGAUACUCAUUAUAAUAUCACACAUAUAAAUUGGAGAAGUAUAUGA